AGCUAAAAUCUCUGCCUCCAAAAAAACAAAAAAGGGAAAAUCUCUGCCCUCCAAAAAAUAUACAAAAAGGUUUCCCUUCUAAUGCCGUCAGAAAUCGGCGAGAAUCCGACAGCGGCGGCGGCGCUAGCUUUUCCUAUUGCGGCAUCCAUGGGUGGGAGCGCGGACGACGCGCCGUCGCUGCCGUGCCCGCGGUGCGAAUCGACAAACACGAAAUUCUGCUACUACAACAACUACAACCUCUCCCAGCCCCGCCAUUUCUGCAAGUCGUGCCGCCGGUACUGGACCCAAGGCGGCUCCCUCCGCAACGUCCCCGUCGGCGGCGGCACACGGAAGUCCUCUUCUGCCGCCUCCUCCUCCAAGCGCCAACGCGCCUCCUCCGCUUCCGCCGCCGCAGUUACCACCACCGACACCAACAACAAUUACAGCAAUAUCAACAUGGAUUCGUCGGCGUCGACUAACACGACGACAUCUUCGUCCUCGAAUUCCACCUCUUCGAUGUCUUCCCUCGCUCACGAGCAGCAGCACGAUCACUAUUCCGACCCGCUGCUUCACCUCGGAUUCGACCCGGUUUUCAGGUCGGUUGUGGAGGCCGGGAAGUGCGACGAGCUCAGUAAUCUGAAGGAGAAUCGGCAGCCGGUUGUGAGCGAGAACGGGAUCGCAAGCGGAAGCUUCAUCUCCCUUCUCAACAAUCAAGGAGGUGGGGGCGGUGAAGGUGGGCUCGUCGGGUACCAAACCGGGUACGGGUCGGGUCACGGGUACGGGUUCUACGGCGUGGAUCUUGGGUUAGCGGGUAAUGCUGCGACCCCGAGAGGAAUGUGGCCGUACUACUCUGCUUCGACCAGCACCACAACUACCGACUACCUCGGCGGCGGAGAUGGAGUCGGGUGCGGUGGUAAUGUGAUGGGCGCGUGGGCGCAGGUGGGUGAGAUGGAGAAGGGGAAUGGGGGAGGUUCGUAUGUGGACCCGGAUGGGUUUGCUGGGCCGAAGUUUGUGAUUCCGACGACAGCGAAAGGGCUGAUGAAGUGAAAAAAAUGGAGGUUGAAUUCGGGUCCAUCUUGGUUUGGUUGGUUUUGUUUUGGGGUGGAGUUAGUUAUUAGUUUCUUUCUAUAAUAAUAAUCAUAGUAAAAAUCCUCCUAAUCUGUUUCUGAGGAAGAAAGAAACAACAAUUAAAGGAAGGUUGGGGUAAUCUUGGGGGGUUUUGUUUUGUGUAGUGUAAUUUUGUUUUGUGCGAUCCCAGCUUCAGUUACAGCGGCGAAGGAGAAGAGGAGGCUUGUGGAUUUUGGGGAUUUCCAGGGAGUGGGAGGGGUUAUUCUCCGUCCCGUUUGGGUGUUGGCGUGUAGUUUGGUAUGUUAGAGAAAGUCUUUCGUUUGUUCAGUUCUCGAAUGAAAACAGAACCACAACAGAUUCUCUAUUUUUCGGCUAUCAGAAUCGACUCCCAAAAUUUGUAGUUCAAACAUGGUUAUUUGAGGUUAUUGUUGCUAAGAGGGAAGGGGACAGAGUUGGAGAAAACAAGGUUAGGUUAGUGGGGGAAGAUUUUGGAAGAGUUUUGGGUGUUGUACAAAUUCUCGAAAAUGAUUGAAUAUGAUUUCUGCUUUGUACAAAUAUGUUUUGGGAUCAGUACAAUACUAAUAUGUUUUGUGUCUAGUAAGAAUAUGUAAUUUAAUAUGUAGUAUAUUAUUUUGAAUAAAAGUCGUAAAAAUUA